UUAACUGGAUCAAGAGGGAAAAAAGGCAAUAAGCAAAGUAAACUUGAAGCACAUUCAACAUGUAAACACCAUUUGACUUGCAUGACUAAAUGGGAACAACAUGUUAAAAGUAAGUCAUCGGGUAGCAUUCAUGAACAACUAUCUUCAAGCCAUAAAUUGAUUGUUGAAAAGAAUAGAAAAUAUAUAAAAACUCUUAUUGAAAUAACCUUAUUUUUGGGAAACCAAGGACUGGCUUUCAGAGGGCAUGAUGAAUCUAAACUUUCUUCAAAUAAAGGAAAUUUUAAAGAAACAUGUGAUUUACUGGCAAAAAAUUGCCCUGAAUUUGAAGAAAAGUAUAGCAACACUACUAAUUUCACCAGUCAUUUAAUUCAAGAUGAAUUGGUAAACUUAUCUGCAGCAAGCAUUCUGUCCAAAAUAACUGAGGAAAUAAAAUGUAAUAAAGUAUUUGGAAUUAUGAUUGAUGAAGCAAGAUGUUUUAAGGAAGAACAGAUGUCUGUAUGUGUCAGAUACACUGUUGGUCUAAAUGUUGUUGAACGUUUUCUGGGUUUUGUAGACGUUUCAGAAAAUCAAAAUGCUGAAUCAUUAUGUGCUAAAAUAUUUGAAUUCCUUACUGAGAACCAAUUGGAUAAAUAUCACAUUGUAGCACAAUCAUACGACGGUGCCAGUGUCAUGUCUGGCAAAUUUAAUGGCGUUCAAUCCAAA